UAGUCUUUAGCGUUUGACAUUGGCUAUGAGAAGAACUAACUAGAACUUGCGAGGAUGGGCUCAGGAAAGACCAUUUCCCCUUCCAUUUUAUGCGUCGUAACAAGCAUUUUGAUAUCUUUUGCCCUGCUGACUGGCGCUGAGCACAAUUGUUCUCAAACUUUCCGAGAGGCUUUUGGAGAAAUACAAUAUUCGCCAAACAACUACCAUCAUCUCCAAUGUCAUCUAAAAAUCACGAGUGGUAUGCCUAACGCCAUAGCCGUAUUAUCUGUGCAAGAAAUAAAUCUCAGAUACUGCAGCGAUUACGUUAAGAUUACCGAUGGAAACGGCACUGAUGUUUUAUAUCAUAAUGGCUGCAAUGAACAAUUUGCCCCAGAAAUCCUCUUUGAUGUGCAUUUUGGUUUGUCCAAUAACAUAUCAAUUCAAGUGUACACAGGCAGUUCAAGCAGUAGUAUCAAAGUAGAGUACGUCAGUUUAAUGCAGAGCCCAACCUCAGCCGUUACUGUCUCGGGAUGGAAUAUAUCUGUAUCAAACCCUGACUCCUCUGGUGCUACACUUCAAUGGACUAGCCUCGAUGCAAACGUAAAUCAUCAAGCAAAUUUUUACAUCAUUGAGGUUAAAAGCAUGGAUGGCGUUCCACUAGACGUCCAUACUGUUCCAGCAAAUACCACAACGUCAGUCAUAAAGCGACUCAAACCUUCUACAAAGUAUCGUGUGGUCGUUUAUGGAGUUGAUAACAAUGGGCAGCCAUAUAUGAGUUCACAAAGCAUUCUUACUACUUCGAAAGUGCUAUGCGGAGCUCGACCCAGUUCGACGCGCAUCGUCGGUGGCACAGUUGCGAAUAGAAACAGCUGGCCUUGGCAGGUUAUGCUGAGAGAGCAAGAAAGACAAUUCUGUGGCGGAUCAUUAGUGGAUCCAUACUGGGUACUCACAGCAGCUCACUGCGUUCAAAGGAAAUCGGCACCUAACCUCAAAAUAAGGGUGGGAGCCCAUUACAGGACCAGUGGAAGCGUUGUGACUGAACAAGACAUCACCGUCUCCAAAAUCAUAGUCCACGAGAAUUACCAAAUUCCGAAAACGUAUAGUAACGACAUUGCUCUACUGUAUCUCGAAAAACCUGUAGUACUUGGAGUAGGCGUCGGACUAGUCUGCUUGCCAGAUAUUAAAAAUAUUCUCCCCGUUGACUUAAAUGAAACUUGCUGGAUAACAGGUUGGGGAGAUUUGUACUCAGGAGGAUACCAACCGAAUACCCUAAUGCAAGCGUCUGUGCCGCUGGUGUCCAAACAACGUUGUUCACAUGUUUAUCCUGGAUAA